ACUUCCGCUUUUCCGGUAGUAGCUCUCGUUUGAGAAGCGACUGCUGGUGGCAUGCGGGGACCGGGAGUAGGUUCGGGGCUCUCUGAUGAGCGACGGUUGUCAGAGCAGGAGGCUGGCGCGGACACGGAGGCGGCGGAACUGCUGCCCUUCCUGGUGCCGGGAGCGCGAGCAGAUCUGCAGGCGGCCGCGGCGCAGCAUGUGCUGGCGCUGACUGGUGCGGGCUCGGGCCGCACGCUGUUGGCAGGACAGACAGCAUUGUUGCGGGCUUUGGUCGACCUUGCGGUGGCCCCGGCCCCAGCUCCUUCCCGCGAUGCCUCCCGCGCGCUCGUUAACUUGGCUGCUGAUCCCGGUCUGCACUGGCAGCUGCUGGCGGCGGACCCGGAGCUGCCUGCCCGCCUGCUGCGUCGCGUGUUGGACCCUCAAUGGCCCUGGGCUGAAGAGGCGGCUGCAGUGCUGGCCAACCUGAGUCGCGAGCCUGCUCCGUGUGCUGCGUUAAUGGAGAAGCUGAUGGCCGCUGAGCCGGAGCGGCUGGGUCUGGAGCGGCUUGUCAACGCACUGUGCAUGCCUAGCUACAACGCGGCCGCACCCCUGCAUUACCUGGGGCCGCUGCUCUCCAACCUUAGCCAGCAGGCGGAGGUGCGUGCUUUUCUCCUGGACCCGGACAGGUGCGUGGUCCAACGGCUGCUGCCUCUCACCCAGUACACAGACUCCUCGGUGCGCAGGGGCGGGGUGGUGGGAACACUUCGGAAUUGCUGUUUCGAACAUCGACACCACAAGUGGUUACUCGGGCCCCAAGUUGACAUUCUCCCCUUCUUGCUACUGCCCUUGGCUGGGCCUGAAGAGUUUUCCGAGGAAGAAAUGGACCAGCUGCCUGUUGACCUGCAGUACUUGUCACCAGACAAGCAACGGGAGCCGGAUGCUGACAUCCGGAAGAUGCUCAUUGAAGCCAUCAUGUUGCUGACAGCCACUGCACCCGGUCGGAAGCAGGUACGGGACCAGGGUGCUUACUUGGUCCUUCGAGAGCUAUACAGCUGGGAGCCAGAGCCGGAUGUGCGACUGGCUUGUGAGAAGCUUAUCCAGGUGCUUAUUGGUGAUGAGCCAGAGGUUGGCAUGGAAAACCUGCUGGAGGUGCAGGUACCUGAAGCCGUGGAACGACAGCUACAAGAGCUAGACCAGCAAGAACAGCAAGAGCUUGCUCAAGAGCUAAGAGGCAAGGGUGCCCCUCGGACCUGAAGUCCUUUGGCCUGUAUGCCAGCUUCAGACCCACCUUUGCCAGUGUUGGCACAGGGUUCUAGGGUAAAUGCCCAGUAAAUGUUGAGAAGCUCAAGGAUACUACCUGAUCCCGUGCCCUGUUGCAACCAGCAGUAAUACACAUGGUUCAGAACUGCACUAUUGAACCGGAGCUGGCCAGCUCCUGUGUCACAGCUGCCUACAGGUGAGGCAGGAUGCCGUUCGUCACUGGAGCUAUGAGGAACCUAUUCCCAGACAGUGACACAGGACUGAACUGAAAACACUGCAGGCCCUGGGAAGCCAACUAGUUUUUCAUUCCUGAAGGCACUGAAGGGUCUGGACACGGUAGGCCUAGAGAUGUAAACAGUGCUAUGAGCUGGAA